AUGAAAGCAUCACUGAAGACUUCUACACAGUUUUCAUCCAUCUAUGGUUUCCGCCGGGCUUAUACAAUCUCAGCUUCAGUCGAUUUGCCAAUGUGUGAAGUCCCUGACCAAAGGCACAUGAAUCGACAGAGAGCCUCCGGUAAACCAAUCGACCAAUUCUCGCUUAUGAAAUUGAUUGAUUCUUCCAUUUCUUCAAAUGGGUUUGCUCCUACUUCUCUUCUAUUCCACGAGUUCUCUCGUUCCAUUGAUGUUAAUUUAUGUAAUACACUUAUCAGACGCUAUACGGAUUCAAAAAAUCACUCGCGUGCAGUUUCCGUUUACGCCCAAAUGCGUAAACUGAAUAUCCUUCCAGAUUCCUCUACAUUCCCGAGCGUUCUCAAGUCUGUUGCUCUGUUAUGGUGUGGAGAAGUUGGGAAAUCCAUCCACUGUAAUGCAAUUCAGUUGGGUUUCACUUCUGAUGUAUAUACAAACACUGCUCUGGUCCACAUGUAUGGCAUAUGUGGACAACCAGAUGAUGCUCAUCAACUGUUUGAUGAAAUUCCUGACCGGAAUGUAGUUACGUGGAAUUCGUUGAUCACGAGUUAUACGCAUAAUAGGAUGUUCAGAGAAGCAAUUGAUGUGUUCAGGGAGAUGCUAGCUUCUGGGGUUACACCAGUUGAGGUCACUAUGGUUGGAGUUUUAUCAGCUUGUUCUCAUUUAGGAGCUCUGGGUCAAGGGAAGUGGAUCCAUGAUUAUAUUGUCAAGAAUCGGUUGAGAGUGAAUGUAUAUGUCGGUACUGCGUUAAUUGAUAUGUAUGCUAAAUGUGGAGACAUUGAUGAGGCAAAAAAGGUUUUUGAAACUAUGGGGUUAAAAAAUAUUUAUACAUGGAAUGUAUUGAUUUCGGCAUAUGCCAUGAAUGGACAAGGUGAGGCUGCAUUGCGGACUUUUGAUAGGAUGAUUGAAAAAGACUUAAAGCCUGAUCAUGUUACUCUCCUUGGUGUUUUAUGCGCUUGCUGUCACCAAGGUUUUGUGGAGGAAGGUAGAAGGCUGUUCUCAAGCAUGAUAAAUCAGUUUGGAUUGCAGCCAAAGAUUGUGCAUUAUGGGUGUAUGAUUGAUUUACUUGGACGUGGUGGGUUCUUGGAUGAAGCUAUGGAAAUUAUUCAUUCUAUGAAACUAAAGCCAGAUGCAAUAAUAUGGAGGACACUACUUGGUGCAUGCAGAUUUCAUGGAAGAGAAGAACUUGGUGAAUUUGCUUUCCAUAAGCUUCUGGAGCUGGAACCAACGAAUGGGGAAAACUACGUGUUAAUAUCAAAUGUUCAUACUCAAAAAAAGAAAUGGACUGAAGUUGGAGAAGUCAGGGAGCUGAUGGACAGCAGUGGUAUUAAAAAGAUUCCUGGAUGCAGUUCAAUUGAACUAGAAAAUGCAGUUUAUGAGUUUAAGGCAUCUGAUCCACUUAAAACAGGGAAUGAAGAAAUACAUAAGAUGUUGCAAGACAUGAAAAAUCAGUUGAAGUUAGCUGGUUAUGUGCCUGAAACAGAGAUAGCUCUGUAUGAUAUUAAUGAAGAGGAAAAGGAGCAUAAUCUGAUAUUCCACAGUGAAAAGCUUGCUCUGGCAUUUGGGCUGCUACACUCAUCUGAGCCUACAUUAAGGAUAAUGAAGAAUUUAAGGAUUUGUCAGGACUGCCACCAAUUCUUUAAGCUUGCUUCAGCAGUUUAUAAAAGAAAUAUUGUUGUUAGAGAUAUAAAGCGCUUCCAUCAUUUCACUGGAGGUCUUUGUUCAUGCAAAGAUUAUUGGUGA